CGUUGUGUCGUAGUCUUAAUUUAAGUCUUCGUCGUCAUUCACAUCAGUGAUGGCAAACCAUCAGAUUUCCGAGACCCCCCGAGCUGCACGCCACCGCGCGCCGGUCAUAAUUGCGAAUCCGUGGAAUAUUGCCCAGUCGACAUCGGGCCUUAGAGAUAUCUACCAAGAGAUAUACCCGCUGGCUGCCUCGACAAGCAGCACGCCAGCCACUCUUGAUGGUCUUGCGGUCGGUAUGCACUUAAUAAAAUUGUGAAUGAACGUAGACGAUGGAUCACUCGAUCGUUACACGUCAACGGAUUAAGACGUUUCAACGUUCUUUUCAAAAAAUACUCGUAUAUAAAUAAAAACGGAUAAUCCAGUAGCUUCUAUAAUCGUAUCUUAAAGUUAGCAAUUAAGAUAAGACAAAAAAAAUACAUCUUCAAUUUUUUGUAUUUUUUUUUUGUAUGGUUUUUGAAAUUCAACUUAUCGGAUGCACUACAUUUUCGUCGUGUGUUGUUUUUAUGUGAAAUAGUUCUUGCUUAAAGUUUUUAUAAGACAAAAUUUAUUGAUUCAGAAAAUACUUUGUUGGUUUUUAAAUUGAAAACAGAAAAAAAACUUUAUCCGGAUGAUGGCACCGAACCACCAUCAUUUCGCGAUUAAUUCGCUUACAAUGGAGCCUGUGUCGCGUACUUAUCAAUAUCGUAAAAUAAUGAAGCCAAUGUUGGAGAGGAAACGACGCGCACGUAUCAACAAGUGUCUGGAAGAAUUAAAGGAUUUAAUGACAGGAACAUUACAAGCUGACGGUGAAAACAUAUCGAAACUGGAAAAAGCAGACAUCCUUGAACUAACAGUACGUCAUUUGCAUCGUCUGCGUGAAAGCAAUACACUUUUCAUGCGACCGGAUCCAGUCAAUGUGGACAAAUUCUGGGCUGGUUUUCAUCAUUGUGCCACGGAAGUCACUCAAUUCCUUACCAAAUACGACCGUCACAUCACCGGCGACCUUCUUAAGCACAUUUCCACAUUCAUGCCAAAUAUUACAGCAGCAAUAGGAGCAUCAGCAGCUCAAUACCAAAGAUAUCCGAUGCCGCAAGCCAAUGUCCUGUAUCCUAUUCAGUUACCUGCUUCUGCUGCUUCAACUACUGCCAAAACAUUGAGGAAACCAUUUCCCAAGGAAGAAAUUCUAGAUUGUGGCGGCACAGAUACCGAUGGUGGUGGUGAUGGUAUCGGUGGUGGUGGGUGUGAAGGUGGUGUCUGGCGUCCCUGGUGAAAGUCCUGAUCCUAGAUGUAUACAUACAUAUAAUAUGGAUAAGGUAAAACCACUCAAACAAAUUGAUGGCUUACCUAUAUAUGCAUCAUACAUCAGACCGGUCUACCGGCCGACACAACAUGGCAGACAGACAUCAUGUAAAUACGACGAGAAUUCAAAAAAUUUACAAAUUAUGCAUGGAAAUAGCUUUAAUUACACCCGACCAUUCACACUGAUGUCAGUGAUAUAGAUGACGAUGGUUAAAAAUGCACACUCAACCCCCUCCCACAAAAAACCCUGUUUUACGAAUUUAAAAUUCAAAUUAUAUUAUUUAACAUACCACGUAGAAUUUUUAUUAUUUAUGUUGAGCUACCGUUACUGUGAUCGGAGACGAGUUGAAUAAUAAUUUUAUUUAUUUGUUAUUCUUCAAAAUGUAGAAUUAAGAGUUUAAUGUUAAUUUAAGAGAAAAAAUAUAUAAAAAUGCAAACAAGAACAAAAAUCAAAAAAAUAAAAUUUACCUAAUUAUGACCAAAAA